GUCGGGAGAAGGACGGGGCUUGGCGGCGGGCGGGCGGAGCCCCGGGCAAGUGAUUUUCUAGAAUCUCUUCCCAGCGGCCUUUGCGGUUCCAACAUGGCGGAGCUGACGGUGGAGGUUCGCGGCUCCAACGGGGCUUUCUACAAGGGAUUUAUCAAAGAUGUUCAUGAAGACUCCCUCACAGUUGUUUUUGAGAACAAUUGGCAACCAGAACGCCAGGUUCCAUUUAAUGAAGUUAGAUUACCACCACCACCUGAUAUAAAAAAAGAAAUCAGUGAAGGGGAUGAAGUAGAGGUGUAUUCAAGAGCAAAUGAUCAAGAACCAUGUGGAUGGUGGUUGGCUAAAGUUCGAAUGAUGAAAGGAGAAUUUUAUGUCAUUGAAUAUGCUGCUUGUGAUGCCACUUACAAUGAAAUAGUCACAUUUGAACGACUUCGGCCUGUCAAUCAAAAUAAAACUGUCAAAAAAAAUACCUUCUUUAAAUGCACAGUGGAUGUUCCUGAGGAUUUGAGAGAGGCGUGUGCUAAUGAAAAUGCACAUAAAGAUUUUAAGAAAGCAGUAGGAGCUUGCAGAAUUUUUUACCAUCCAGAAACCACACAGCUAAUGAUACUGUCUGCCAGUGAAGCAACUGUGAAGAGAGUAAAUAUUUUGAGUGACAUGCAUUUGCGAAGUAUUCGUACAAAGUUGAUGCUUAUGUCUAGAAAUGAAGAGGCUACUAAGCAUUUAGAAUGCACAAAACAACUUGCAGCAGCUUUUCAUGAGGAAUUUGUUGUGAGAGAAGAUUUGAUGGGCCUGGCAAUAGGAACACAUGGUAGUAACAUACAGCAAGCUAGGAAGGUUGCUGGAGUUACAGCUAUUGAAUUAGACGAAGAUACUGGAACAUUUAGAAUCUACGGAGAGAGUGCUGAUGCAGUAAAAAAGGCCAGAGGAUUCUUGGAAUUUGUGGAGGAUUUUAUUCAGGUUCCUAGGAAUCUUGUUGGAAAGGUAAUUGGGAAAAAUGGCAAAGUAAUUCAAGAAAUAGUGGACAAAUCUGGUGUGGUUCGGGUGAGAAUUGAAGGAGACAAUGAAAAUAAACUACCUAGAGAAGAUGGCAUGGUUCCAUUUGUAUUUGUUGGCACUAAAGAAAGCAUUGGAAAUGUGCAAGUUCUUUUAGAGUAUCACAUUGCUUAUCUAAAGGAAGUAGAACAGCUAAGAAUGGAACGCCUACAGAUUGAUGAACAACUACGACAGAUUGGUAUGGGUUUCAGACCUUCUUCCACCAGAGGGCCUGAAAAAGAGAAAGGAUAUACCACUGAUGAAAGUACCGUCUCUUCUGUACAAGGUUCUAGGUCUUAUAGUGGAAGAGGCAGAGGUCGUCGGGGCCCUAAUUACACCUCCGGUUAUGGUACAAACUCUGAGCUGUCUAACCCAUCUGAAACUGAAUCUGAGCGUAAAGAUGAGCUAAGUGAUUGGUCGUUGGCAGGAGAAGAUGAUCGAGAGAGCCGGCAUCAGCGUGACAGCAGGAGACGCCCAGGAGGAAGAGGCAGAAGCGUUUCAGGGGGUCGAGGUCGUGGUGGACCACGUGGUGGCAAAUCUUCCAUCAGUUCUGUGCUCAAAGAUCCAGACAGCAAUCCAUACAGCUUACUUGAUAAUACAGAAUCAGAUCAGACUGCAGACACUGAUGCCAGCGAAUCUCAUCACAGUACUAACCGUCGUAGGCGGUCUCGUAGACGAAGGACUGAUGAAGAUGCUGUUCUGAUGGAUGGGAUGACUGAAUCUGAUACAGCUUCUGUUAAUGAAAAUGGGCUAGAUGAUAGUGAAAAAAAACCCCAGCGACGCAAUCGUAGCCGCAGGCGUCGUUUCAGGGGUCAGGCAGAAGAUAGACAGCCAGUCACAGUUGCAGAUUAUAUUUCUAGAGCUGAGUCUCAGAGCAGACAAAGAAACCUCCCAAGGGAAACUUUGGCUAAAAACAAGAAAGAAAUGGCAAAAGAUGUGAUUGAAGAGCAUGGUCCUUCAGAAAAGGCAAUAAAUGGCCCAACUAGUGCUUCUGGCGAUGAAAUUUCUAAGCUACAGCGUACUCCAGGAGAAGAAAAGAUUAAUACCUUAAAAGAAGAAAAUAAUCAAGAAGCAGCAGUCCUGAAUGGUGUUUCAUAAACUGAAGAAGUUCCUAGUUUACAGUUCUUUUACAUUACAUUUUACAAUAGUGCUUGUACAAGCUUGCCAAAGAUAGAAUAUGGAUCGCCAGUCUUUACAUCGCACUUUCAGUUCCUCCAUUUGGAAUUCAGAAAGGGGAGGGAUCCUGAAGAAAUCAUAUGUUAAACAUACUUUGACACCUACUGUGUUAAAAAUAUAUCAUCAGAUGUGCCUUGAGAAUAGUAUAUGUAACAUUAAAAAAAGUUGCUGGCUAUAGGAAAUGUUAUUUUGUUUUCAAAAUAUGGCAGAGAUGGGGGAGGUGGGUGGGGUGGGAUCCCUAACGUAAUAUUCUUUAUGAAAGCAUUAGCUGCUUUUGUUACAUUUUUAAUAUGCAACCACUUCUUCACCUGAGGAAAACUAGAAUGAAAUGCAGUCUAAGAUAUUUUGCACUGAAUUGUAAUUUCUUCAUUAGUUUAGUCUGGAAACUGGUCUGUUUUAAUGUUUUUAAAAUGCUGUGUUAUGUAGAGGCAAAUCUGCAGACCACUGGAAUACAUUUGUUAAAUUCUCAUCUGCAGGGACACUGGGUGAUAUUGGCAGUGACUGUUCUGCAUUGAGGCUUUGUUUGGUUUAUUUAUUAAAGUGUACAGUAUUUAAAAAAUCAAACAUAGCUUUAGUUAAAACACUAAGCUGAAUUAGUCAUGUCCAUUCAGACAUAACCUGAACUACUGACUGAAAAGAUCAAUUUCCAGAAGGUUUAUUCUGUAUAAACUACAUGUUAGUCUUCAGUAGUUAUCUUUUCCUUUUCUUAUUUUUCCUCCUUUUUUCUUUUUCUUUUUGUUAUUUUUUUUUUUUUUGAUUUUGGUUGUUUGAUGUGCAAUAUGUUUUUGUAUGCAGGUAGUAAAUAAACUUUGAUCUUCCAUUUGC